AUGAGUAUCGAGAAGCAUGGCACGAAGUCUAUUGAUCUCUCUCACCACCUUUCCGACCUAUCAAAGGCUAGGGUAGAGUCUCCAUUGAAGGGGCUCAUGAAGUACUUCGCACAGCCAGGAAUUCUGUCCUUCGCAGGAGGUUUACCUAGCCCUGCGUAUUUCCCUGUCUCCGACAUUUCUGCAAAUGUUUUGGUACCAGAAUCAUUUGCUCUCUCUCCGACCGAGCCGUCUACCUCUUUGUCAUGGCUGUGGAAGUUAUUCGCUGGCCACAAUGCAACCAAGGAGAAGACUCAGGCUGUCACCAUUCCCAAGUACCCUGCCAUUAAAGGGGAUAUCAACCUAGCCACCUCUCUUCAAUACGGUCAAGCAGUCGCACAGGGACAGUUGCAAGAUUUCUUGAAACAGUUCAUUUCCGAGGUCUAUCGUCCUGCUUUUGAGGACUGGACCGUCCUUAUCGACACUGGUAAUACAGACGGGUGGUCGAGAGCCGUUACGACACUGUGCAACCCUGGUGAGGGUGUACUGUGUGAAGAGUGGACUUAUCCCUCCGCUAUGGCAUCAAUGCUCCCUUUCAAUAUCAAGCCUGUACCUGUGGCCAUGGAUGGAUUAGGCAUGAAGAGUGAUGCCCUCGAGAACUUGUUGUCGCAAUGGGACCCAGUUUCACGUCAGAUGCCAAGGCCUCAUGUUAUGUAUAUCGUGCCUGUCGGACAGAACCCGAGUGGCUCGACGAUGAGCGUUGUUCGUAAGAAACAGAUUUAUGAUAUCUGUGUCAAAUACGACGUGAUAAUUGUCGAAGACGAUCCGUAUUACUUUCUUCAACUGGGAACGUACACAUUCAAGGAUGACAGGUCCCCUGGUGCAACCCCUUCUGGAAAACCGUCAGCCGACGAAUCUAAGCGAUAUAUCUCCACCUUGACCCCGAGCUUUUUAUAUUUUGACUAUGAGGGACGCGUAAUCCGUCUUGAUACCUUUUCCAAGACCAUUGCUCCUGGUAGUCGACUAGGAUGGUUCACGUGCAAUGCUGUCUUUGCAGAGAGGUUAGAGAGGCAAGGAGAAACAUCAACUCAGGCUCCGUGUGGCUUUGGACAAGCCGUUAUAACGAAGAUAUUGACGCAUUGGACCUACGAUGGUUACAUCCGAUGGCUCAGGGGUUUGCGAACAGAGUAUCAGCAACGCCGCGAUUUCUUUGUUGAUUGCCUCGCAGAGGAGUUCCAUUUGCAUGCAGUUCCUGCAGUCACAGGCGUCUGGGAAGGCUGCAUCGUGUACCAGGCAUCAUCCAUAGCCAAGAAGAGCACCAGUAUGACGGAGAAAUACUCGGCCCGGAAUCGCACAAUGUUUAGCUUCGUUCCCCCAGUCGCGGGAAUGUUCGUAUGGAUGAAACUUCAUCUUGAUCAACAUCCCUCAUUCGCCCCAGGAGAUGAAGAUACCUUGGAAACAAAAUUAUGGACGAAGUUAGCAGAGAACGGAGUGUUGUUUGGACCAGGAUGGAUAUUUGCAGCCAAUGCGAUGGCCGAGGGCUCUCCCAACAACGACUCCGGUCACUUCCGUGUCAGUUUCAGCAAUGCCGAGUUCGCCGACCUCAAGAAAGCGGUCACUAUCUUUGGACGAGUCAUCCGAGAGUUCUUUCAAGAGGAGGAUCUGUAG